AUGGCACGAGCACGAAAGAAACCGUGGAUGCAGAUGGUGCGAAGUACGGCGAUCCUAUCCUUCCCGGUUUUAAUAUUGCUGAUGACCGUCUACUGCAACAGCAGUGCUUUGGAGUAUAGCGAACUCGUCAAGGAUGACCACCUGGAGGGACCGAACGUUUGUAAGGAAGUGGAAAACAUUCCCAUUACAAUAACGACACCGAAGGAAGAAGCGUACCAGGAACGGUACCAAAAGUGGUGUCUCGGCAUACCGCCCCGCUGUUCCGCGUAUCGCAUCAAAAUCCGUACCGUGAACGAAACGCGCACCAUCAUCAAGCAACGGAUCGUGAAGAAGUGCUGCGUUGGCUACCGGUUGGAUGAGGAUGAGACGCACUGCAUACCGGAAUGUAAGGCAGGUUGUGGGAAUGGCACGUGCGUGAAUCCGGACGUGUGUCGCUGUAACAAAGGAUUUGCUGGCAAAACCUGUAACAUUAGUUGUCCACCGAACGUUUGGGGAUCGGACUGCAAGCAACCGUGCAAGUGUGUGAACGGUGCGGCGUGCAAUGCGGCGGACGGUAGCUGUGAGUGUAACCGUGGCUUCAAGGGACGCUACUGCGAGGAAGCUUGUCCCAGCGAUCGAUUUGGGCAGAACUGUGCCGAAAUCUGUCAGUGCGAGAACGGUGGCAAGUGUGAUAAUGUGUCUGGGGAAUGUUACUGUGCGCCAGGAUUCACUGGACCACUAUGUACGGACACAUGUCCCGCCGGAACGCAUGGGAAACAGUGCCAGUCGAAAUGUCGCUGCCAGAACGGUGGAACGUGCGAUCCGGUGACGGGUGAGUGUAUUUGUCCGGCCGGUUACACCGGUACGGUGUGUGCCAAUCGCUGCCAGCCCGGCUGGUAUGGGCUGGAGUGUGCGAACCGUUGCGAAUGCUUCAACGGUGCAGACUGUGAUCGGGUGACGGGCCAGUGCCUGUGUGCGGCCGGGUUUAUGGGUGCCAAGUGUCUCGAUUCCUGUCCGAACAAUCAGUUCGGGUUUAAUUGUACGGAGACGUGCCGCUGUUUGAAUGAAGCGCUGUGUGAUACGGCAGAUGGAAGCUGCACGUGCCCGGAUGGGUGGACUGGAGCGGAUUGUGGACAGCGGGUGUGUCCGGUUGAUCGAUAUGGAGCAAACUGUACUGGCAUCUGUGACUGCAAGUGGAGCAACACGAAAAUGUGCCAUCCAUGGACUGGUAAGUGUCUGUGCGAACCGGGAUGGAGCAACAGUGCCUGUGAUAGACCUUGCCGAUUCCUGCGCUACGGACAGGACUGCCAGCUGACGUGUAACUGCAAAAAUUCGUCCCCUUGUUCACAUAUUGAUGGAACAUGCCUGUGUAUUGCCGGUUUUAAGGGCGAAAGCUGUGAAGAACCCUGCUCGAACAAUAUGUACGGCCAGAACUGUAGCGAACGGUGCCAGUGUAUGAAUGGAGCGACCUGCGAAGGUGAUUCGGGCAAAUGUCUCUGUGCACCGGGCUGGCAGGGCAUCAAAUGUGAUAGGCCAUGCGAUGCACAGCAUUAUGGGCGCGAUUGUACGGAAAGGUGUCACUGCCAGAACGGUGGCGUUUGUAAUCCGAUCAACGGGCAGUGUACGUGUCCGGCUGGCUGGACGGGAGAGCUGUGCGAGAAGAAGUGUACGCCCGGCCGGUUCGGACAAAACUGUGAGCAGUUGUGCGAUUGCCAUUUGGAGAAUAUUUUAGCAUGUAAUGCAACGACCGGACGGUGUAUUUGCAAGCGCGAAUGGGGCGGUGUCCGCUGUGAAAGUCGUUGCCCGCUAGGCUACUACGGUGAAACAUGUAGCGAAAUUUGCACCUGCCACAACAACUCAUCCUGCGAUCCAAUCACCGGUUCUUGUAUCUGUUCGCGCGGUUGGACCGGUCACAGCUGUAGCGAACCCUGCCCGAAAGGAUUCUUUGGCCACGGUUGUAUGGAACGGUGCCCAGGUUCGGCGGAAAACAAUCGCACCUGCAACCCAAUCACCGGUCAGUACACUUGUCCGGCGGGCUUUAUUGGACCGACCUGUGAGCAUCCCUGUUCGUCCGGUUAUUAUGGGCAAGAUUGUGCGAGAAAGUGUGACUGCAGGAAUGGUGCCGAAUGUAACCACAUUACCGGCGAGUGUCAGUGCUCACCGGGCUGGACGGGACCUCGGUGUGAAACGGUGUGCGAGGACAUGUACUAUGGGACGAACUGUAGCCAGCGUUGCAGCUGUUACAACAAUGCCAAAUGUCGAAAGAACGAUGGAACGUGUGUUUGUGAGGCGGGCUGGAUGGGGCACCGGUGCGAUGAGGUGUGUCCGGAAGGAUUCUACGGCAACCAUUGUAUGGAUGCGUGCGAAUGUCCGGCAGGGAACUUUUUGUGCCACGCGGCAAGGGGAUGCGUCUGUAUGGUGGGCUGGAGCGGCAAGAACUGUGACGAGCGGUUGGCGCAGGCGCAGAUCGAUGAAGGCUCCUCUGGUUCUGUAUUGGCCGUUGUACUAACGAUCCUAUUCGUGUGCAUAUUCGCCGCAAUGCUGCUCUACUACCGGCGUCGUGUCGCGAAUCUGAAAGCCGAAGUAAACCACGUCGUGAACUACAUGACCCAGGAACAGCCGAGCCAUUUCGACAAUCCCGUGUACGCACGAACCGAUGGAGCAAAUGGUAGCGUUGCAAUGGGUACACUUUCCUCGAACGGAACGAUCGUACCACCGCUGGAUGCAAGGACCGGACUGUUGCGGAACGUGUUGCCGAACAAUUUGCGUGACGUAAUGUCUGGCCGUCGACGACCGAAGCAGGACAAGUACAGCUAUCCGGACAAUGAGUACGGUGUGGAUAAAUCGUACUCCAUCUCACACUACGGACCGGAAAGCUUGAAAAACUUCGAAGCGGACAUGACUAAUCCGAACUGCUUCAAGGAUCAUGUGUACGAUGAGAUUCGUCUGAAGGAUUCGAUUGACACCGAAUACGAUCACUUGGAUUAUUCACGCCCAGGAAGCUCACACAAGGCACACUACUUCCGCAUGACAGAAGGAACCACAAAUGGAAACAUUCCGGGAGUACCACUACCGAACGGUACGCUUGCCAGCACGGCAGCAAUGAUGGCCGGUCCUUCCGGUGGUGGUUCACCGAAGGCAAUCAACAUACUGCGCGAUACCACCGGAGCUAGCAGUAGUAGCGGUGUACCAGGUCCCAUCAACAAUCUGUCCGCACCACCAAGGAUCAACAACCUUCUGCCGGCCGUACCGUCCGUUAUAACCGAGCCGAAGAAGAGUAGCAACACCACCGACCCAUCGAACCUCGGUAACGAUCUUUCAUCGUCCUCGAACUCAUCCCCUACGCCACCAUCAUCACCCUCACCGUCCCCGCACAGCCAGCGGCUCGUACCGGCGAACGGGGACGAUCUCUACGUACCGAUGACGGCGUGCGGUGAACCCUGUUCGGCCACCGCCUCCUCAUCGUCUGGGUCCGAGUACGGGGGACUAAACAUACCCAACCAUCAGCUCAACAUUAAAGAGUAA